AUGGCCAUUGGUUUCCGGUUUACUUACGCAAUCACGCGACCUUAUCCUUUUCGCUACUUCACGGUCAUUGUAGCAGUCAUCUUUAUUGUCAUGACAAUCAUAUUCUCGCUUUUCAAUACCGUUGUCGCUGGAUAUGACCUUCGCGUAUCCUACUCCACCAGCCCCAACACUACCACUGAGCAAAAGCUUUGGUACGAUAACCGCUUCUUUGCGGGGAUUAAGAAACUGUCGCCAAGCUGCGAGCCAAAGGAAAUCGGCAUCAAGCAAUCGUUCAACACUGACAAGAAUGGUUUGAUUUAUACUCUAAACAAAGUCAAAAACGUCGGAAAGCCCGACAGCCCUACUCUUCCGUCCUUGCUGUACCUUAACAAUCACCUGCAAGAUUGUGAGGUCAGCUACAUCAAGAUAGAAAUGGAAAAAGAAAGUCGCACUGGCCAACAAGUGGCUUGGUCGCGUUGGGGACCAAGUGUGUUUGGAGCGAUAUCUUGCUCGGUAAUAAACGAACUUGGGCACAUGGAGAUCGACAUUACUGCCGAAUACGAUCUCGUACCAGCGAAUGCCGCCAAGCUAUCUCUGGAUCUCAACGACACUUCUUGGGAUGAUGCAGCCAGGCAGAAUCUGUUUCAGUUCAUCACGAGCAACAAUACCCAAGUACCUGCAAUGUGGUGGGCGGAAUCGAUCAUGUCCUACAGCUGGGUUGCUGCAUCACUAGAUAUGUCGACUUACAACAAGGCGCUGGAAACUGGUUUUCAGAAAGGAACAUUCAAUUUCUGGCCAUCUUCCAAUGUUUCCGACUUCUCAGACCUCUCCUUUUUUACCAUAAGCUGGUAUUUUCUUCUAGAAGGAGGAAGCAUCUACGCCAGGCCUGAAGACUUCGAUAUAGAGACUGAAACAACCAGCGCGCAAAACUGGGUCAAGUCUGCCGACUCGCUCGCAAAAGCCUUCUACAGCACCGUGCUCGCCGACCUGGGUAUGGCGGAUGGACCUAAUAUCCUAACGGACGAAGACGCGCUCCGAACAUUCACCAGCAAUUUCAGCAAUGCUGCAACCGAAUGGGUUCCAGCUGGGCCCGCAACAGGUAGCUACGGUUCUUCGCAGCCUGUGACAGGCAAGCCGGUCAUCACCAACUCGACGAUAUUCAACAACUACCUAUGCCAAACACCUGUUCAGAAGGUCCCAGCUUCCUUGAUCGUUUCCGUGUUACUUGCAGACUUGGUCUUCCUCCGUACCCUAUGGUCGGUGAUGAAUUUGGCGGCUACACAUAUUGCGGAGAGCAAAGAUCCCAAAGCCAAUCAAUGCCUUCCAUGUGCCGGUGAAGAGCCAUCGCCACAACCGGAAAGCUAUGAACUCCUUACCAAAAAUGGGGGCUCUGGAUCAAGGGCAGUCAGCACCAUCACCACCUUCGACUUGCUCAACACCACUCGAGAAGAUUGCUUGAAGAGCAAGAUCAUGGAUACCAAACAAUGGCGGCGCCAAAUCGGCGACCAAACCUUCCUCGUCUCGACCGACUCCAGCCUCAUCUCCCGCGACUUCGUGCAGUCAUCUUUCGCCCACCCCGCCAUGUAUUGGGCCGCGGCGCUGGACCCGCAAAGCCUCGAAACCAUCUUGGAGACCUCCCUCUGGUACGGAAUUUACCUCCAAACGCAAGGGUCUUCCACGAGUUCCCAAGGACAGCAAGUAACGCCGAACCCCUCGACGCUCAAACAAGUCGGAAUGGGCAGGAUGGUCACGGAUCACGCUACGGUAUUCUUUCUGACGGAUGUCUUCGUGCUGCCCGAGUACCAGGGAAAGGGGCUGGCGAAGUGGAUGAUGCAGUGCAUCAAGGAGAGAACGGAUGCGCUGCCCGCUGUGCGGCGAGUCAUGUUUAUGGCGAAGAGGGCGCCGCAUGCUAUCAGGUUUUAUGAAGAGGCGUUGGGGGCAGAGGUGCAUGAUCAGGAGAAUGGGGAGGUUGUGUUCAUGAGUACGCCGCAUUGA